AUAGUAAAAUUGUUUUUUUUUUUUUACAUGUUUACAGUUGUAGUCUAGGUAGCUAAAGUUAAAGUAGCUCAUAUGUUAUAGAAUCCAUUUAUAUGAAAUUAACUUCCACAUCCAGCACACGUUUUCUGUACUAAUAAAGCCUUUUAACAUUUGAAAUUUUAUUUUAGACUUUACUGGAAAGAUGAAGCCCAACGAAACACCUAUGUUUGACCCAAGUCUGCUCAAAGAAGUGGACUGGAGUCAGAAUACAGCUACAUUUUCUCCAGCCAUUUCUCCAAUGAAUCCUGGAGAAGGCUUGGUUUUGAGGCCUCUUUGUACUGGUGACUUGAAUAAAGGUUUUUUUAAGUUACUGGGUCAGUUGACAGAGAUUGGCAUCGUCAGCCCUGAGCAGUUCAUGAGUUAUUAUCAACUCUCACUUUGCUAAGCAAGAAGCUGAACUGUUACAAGAUCACCCUUGAAUGUCUACCACAAAACGUGGGCUUCUACAAAAAGUUUGGCUAUACAGUAUCUGAAGAAAAGUACCUGUGUCUGAGGAACCAGAAGUAAAGAUGACCAUCAAGAUGAUGCUCCAAGGCUUUCCGGUUCAUUUUUGUUGCUGCAGCCAGUGAGCUCCAUACCCCCUAGACUGGAAAACCACUGUAGUGUGCAAUGUAGUAGUGACAAGAGCAUGCCUGUAGCUGCUUGGACUUGCUCUGAGUUAAGAGUAUAAAUGAUCACAAAGGGGAUGAUUUUUAGCCAAAGGAAUAUAUUUUCAACUUGAAUAUCUUCUUGCAUUGUAUUUUUCUAAAGUUUAUUGUCAUUUCCUGGUUGUCAAGGGUAUGAGUAGUUAUGUCUGCUCCUUACUGCUCAUUUUUAAAUAUAUGUAUAUAUAUUGAAUAAGGCUGUUUCUUAUCACAAAAUUAUUUUAGUCUCAUACAUCUAAACAGACUUAAGGGUGCACCGUUUCUCACAUCACAGGGAGUCAGACCCAUCUGUUGUUACAACCAGAUACAUAUCUGCACGUGUAAACAUGGUUGAACCUAAAAUCGCACACAACUUGGACAGUCUUUUAAAGAAACAAGAGAAAUGAAAACUGUGACAAGGUACAACAGUUUAAGUAACUAUUUUACUAAGUGUAGAGUUCUGUGCAGACAAUGCCCACCCACCUGUCUCACCUGUCACAUGAUGUUAGAAUCAUCCAAGGGCAGAUCUUGAGAACCAAGGUUCUUUUCUUCAGUGAGUGAGCAGCUGUCCAUGGGGUACUUUUACCCUGGUUUAUCAUGGCCAUCUGAAGCCUCUGAGUCACAAAAUAUGUAUGGUACUGCCUUUGAUACAUCCUUAAAAUAACAGUAGCUUUUCUAUUUAAUGUGAUUAUAAUGGUACUGUUAUUCUGAUCAAUGUCCUGUUUUAUUUAUUUUAAUGAUUUAUUUUUAUUUUUAUUCGAGAUAGGGUUUCUCUGCGUAGUUUUGCGCCUUUCCUGGAGCUCACUUGGUAGCCCAGGCUGGCCUCGAACUCACAGCCAUCCGCCUGGCUCUGCCUCCUGAGUGCUGGGAUUAAAGGCGUGUGCUACCAUCGCCUGGCAUAUUUUAAUUUUUUAAAGUAGAAGAUGUAGAUACUUUAUUAACAAUGGUUCUAAUCUUUUGCAUUCCAUGUUAUUACAUUAAACUUGUUUAUAUGAAUAGUUUCUCAUGUUAGAA